AUGGAUUCUAACUCUCAUUGUAGUAGGCCCUUAGUAGGCAGCUCUCAGCCGGAGGAGCGUGUCUUGGUGCCCGAAGUUCUCUUCGAAUCCAACAGAGGACUCGGCCUCCCCGGGCUUAUUGUGCGCUGCGCCGAUGCAGUGCUUGCCUCGGGAAAGAGCAGCGAGGAGGGAGUCCGUGAGCUGCUCCGGCAAGUGGUACUGGUUGGUGGUGCAGCAGACUUUCCGGGUAUCCGGCCACGAGUCGAGUACGAGAUGCGAAGUCUCUUGCAGAGCUCCCAGUUCGAGCGCCUCCUCGCCUGCCUGAGCUCUGCAGAGGAUGUCUUCGUCUUAAACCCUCCGCUUGGGGAGACGGGGCCUUUGGUUACUCCCCGUUUCGUGCCCCUGUUUGGUGGUUGUGUUCGUGCCGCAAGCUCGAAAGGCUAUGGAGCAUGGGAAAGGGACAGCAAUGUCGGGGCCCUUCGCAGCCUCCCCUUGCUGGCUGAGAUGCCGGAGGGAUCUUCCAACAGUAGACAGGUCUUCUGGCAGCAGCGGAUGCGACGAAUGCUGGCUUUGCAGCUGCCUGACAUUUUCCGCACCGGUGGUGGCGGAGGCGAGGACGACCAGGCCUGGCAGAUGCUGGAUGAGGACAGCGAUUCCGGGAGCUCCAACUUGCACUUCGAGGAGCAAGAAUCUGAGAGCCAAGCCUCCCCUUCCAGUCCGGUGGAUUGGCCCAGCGCAGUCGAAGAAGCAACUGCCUCCCCCAACGAGAGGGUUUCUUCCAGCAGAGGCAGUGGCAGAAGCAAGGGCAAGGGAAAGGGAAAAGGAGGGGGAAAAGGUCGAGUGAGGCGCGGCCGGCUAAUUUGGAGGCCGGUGCAAGGCGAAGUCGAGUGA